AACACUCGGGCUUAAGGACAUGCCUUCUGAAACACAAAUACACACAUAACUCUCACACGCACAUGCACACAGACAGAUAAGAUAUGUAUUAGUUCCUGACACAUACGGGGUGGGGGGAAGAGCAGGAGAGAGAGGGAGAGUGAGAGAGAGAGAGAUCCUCCUACCUGGAGCCAUAGAUUGCAAGAUACGUAGUGUUACCUGGGGAAGUCAGAACAAGUAAAAACACAUUGAACUUCAGGGCUCUAUGAGGCAGUUGAUCAAGAUCAGUGCUUGCUCAUUUUCUCCCUCAGACUGUCUGUCUUGGGUUUUUGUGUUACCGUUUCGAGCAGCUCUUUCCAUUUUCUUCCCUCUUUAGCUUUAAUAUCAGAGCCGGCUUUGGUCACCAUGGCUCUGGGAAGAGCUGCUUAUCUGCCCGUUGUUGAUUUUUUACAGUUCGGCCGGCUUUGCUUCUGGGUAGCUUCAGAAAUGCUCUUGACUGGGAUUUAACCGACAGGAACAGUUCGACUUUUUGUGCAAUUUUUUUUAUGGCUCAGUCCAUUCUCUAGAUCAUGCACAGAAACUUUCGGAAGUGGAUUUUCUACGUGUUUCUAUGCUUUGGAGUCAUCUAUGUCAAAUUAGGAGCUUUGUCAUCUGUGGUGGCUUUAGGAGCUAAUAUAAUCUGCAACAAAAUCCCAGGCUUGGCCCCUCGACAACGAGCGAUCUGCCAGAGCCGCCCCGAUGCCAUCAUUGUGAUCGGAGAAGGGGCACAAAUGGGAAUCAAUGAAUGCCAGUACCAGUUCCGGUACGGGAGGUGGAACUGCUCCGCACUGGGGGAGAAAACGGUCUUUGGACAAGAGCUUCGAGUAGGAAGCAGGGAAGCCGCGUUCACCUAUGCCAUUACUGCUGCCGGGGUUGCGCACGCCGUCACGGCUGCCUGCAGCCAGGGCAACCUCAGCAAUUGUGGCUGCGACCGAGAGAAACAGGGCUACUACAACCAGGAGGAGGGCUGGAAAUGGGGAGGCUGCUCUGCAGAUAUCAGAUACGGCAUUGAGUUCUCCCGGAGGUUUGUGGAUGCCCGAGAAAUCAAAAAGAACGCCCGGCGGCUGAUGAACUUGCACAACAAUGAGGCUGGAAGAAAGGUUCUCGAGGAGAGAAUGAAAUUGGAAUGCAAGUGUCACGGAGUUUCAGGUUCCUGCACAACUAAGACCUGCUGGACCACACUCCCUAAAUUCAGAGAGAUUGGAUAUAUUUUGAAAGAGAAAUACAACGCUGCAGUGCAAGUGGAGGUGGUACGAGCCAGUAGACUAAGACAGCCAACUUUCCUGAAGAUCAAGCAGAUUAAAAGUUAUCAGAAACCAAUGGAAACAGAUUUAGUGUAUAUUGAAAAGUCACCCAACUACUGUGAGGAAGAUGCUUCCACAGGCAGCGUUGGUACCCAGGGACGACUCUGUAACCGUACAUCUCCCAACGCAGACGGGUGUGACAUGAUGUGCUGCGGAAGAGGUUAUAACACACACCAGUACACCAAAGUGUGGCAAUGCAAUUGCAAAUUCCACUGGUGCUGCUUUGUGAAGUGCAACACAUGUAGCGAGCGGACAGAGGUGUUCACCUGCAAAUAACGGCAUCAUGUUCAAAUGAACAGAACACAUCACCACAAGUGAAGAAAGUGGAGAACAACAAACAACUACAGCAUCAUUUUGCACAUCUAAUCUUCCUUGGGAAAAAAAUAAAAUAAACCAAUCCCUCCCCACUACUUACACUUCUAAGGAUGGUGCAUUUUGGCUGGCUAGCUGUUGUAACUGCUUCGGAAAUAAGGGCAACAGGAUUAAGGUGACGUUGACAACCACAUGAACCUUUUUCUCUAGUUUGUUUUUUUACUACAACCUGGGUGUUGUAGUAGUUCUCCUAGUAAGCGUUUAAGUUAUACAUAUCAGAGAAGCUGACUGCACUGCAGCUCCCAUGAAAUUUGAAAGAAAAAGACAUUGUCAUAUUUUACAACAAACAACCCCAAGCCUUGUGCAAAUAAAGACUUUUUAAAGGAAAUAAAAUCUUCAUUGACUACAACACAGCAGUCUUGCUGCAAAAACCUAAAUUUCUAAGAAAGCAGGUAGAGAGAAAACUACAACUGAUAGGGAGGCAAAAUCUGUGAUGGAAAUAGUCCACUAUCAGUUUGAAAAAAUAAAGUUCACAAAAUUACAUCAGCUGCCAGUGACACUGGAACUCUUUGAAUGAACAUUAAAAAUAAUUAUUUAUGUUUUUAAUAGUAUCAAAAAAUUCUAAGCACUAACGGGUAGCUAUGUCUUAAUUCUGUACUAAAUGUAAACUUAUUGGAACUCUGACUUUAUGAUUUUUGUAUUUGGUUCUCCCUAAGUUCUUCAGUGCUACUGAUCUGUUGUCACUCCACUAUUAGAGAGUUCAAUUACUGUAGGCCUUAAGCAAUUAUCAGAACUGAGCAAAAAAAAUCAUGCAAACUGUGGUUACAAAUGCUUGAUAAAGACUUUUCCCACUUGCCUCCUGAAUAAGAAUGACUUUUAGAUUCAGGCUCAAGGCGUGGAACACCUACCCUCAGCGCACUGUGGUGAGUUUUAGGACACAAAGAUGUGCUUCAACAAAUAUCAAAGGUUUUGCUUUGCAGUCAAAUGCACUGGCAGGGUCCCUACGAGCACUACGUUUCCCCUUUUGACAGUUAAAGCUUAUUAAUUAUUACCAAUAGUUUUAAUAACUUGUGCUCAGUCUGGACUGGGAAGGUGAUAAAAAUACGGUAGCUGGACUCCAGGUUGCUGCAGCCUAUGAGCUGUGAUGGCUUUAUGACCAUAAGAAAGCUAAAAUUUGGGUUAGUUUAUGUCACCGUUAUUCUAUGGUUGGCAAUAACAUACCCCCAGUAAAUACAUGAAUAUUAAGAAAGACGACGAAUUUUUAAACCAGCAUUCAAUUCUAAUUCACACACCUUUUCCCUGAGAAGGAUUAAAAAAAUUCCUCCAACAUUUUACUAUUGGAAAAAUCUAAUGCUUUUAACCCCAAGAGCCAGAUAUACCCACUUACAAUUCAACACAUUUAAUCACGUUUGCUUGUAGCAAGGAUUCCUACCUGACUUUUAGAAAACUUCAAUUAAAAAUGUCCUAAUGUUUGCAUAUCUGUAUAUCUACAUUUGUUUCAUUUUACUACUUUUAAGAAGAGGUUGCACAGCCAAGAGGCCUGCCUAUGUGACACGGAAGCACUUGCCACACCAGAGUGCUCUUGGGUCAAGGAGGUGGUAGAGCUACAGCUCCAUCAGUUCCCAUGCUGAGCAUGUGAAUAACCUAGGAUAAUCUCCCUAAUUUCUGGGCCUAUAUUAUCAAAAGUAACUAACGAUGUAGGGACCUCAGUUGGAACGCUUAUGAGGACCUGCCUGUCUGACAGCAAGCACUCACUCUCUGAAAAUCAGACUCCUGUAACGAGUCUUGCAUGGAGCAACCCCAAAUGGAAGCACUCAUUCUUUUGUUUUUGCUGUUGGUUUCUAAAUACCAGCUAGAAGUUCAAACUCAGCCUUGGUGUGAAUGAGUGUGGUUCCACAGAAAUCAACAGUGCCCCCCAAAAAGGCUAGAGUCACUUCAUAUAAUUUCAAGUUCCUUGGAUUCAUGGGUAUUGUUGUUGAAUAAUAGUGAUAUACUGUACUUUCACUUCAUUCUUGACAGGAAGCAAAUAAAGCUCCCAAGCACAGUAAUGCACAGUCUUAUGGUACUAGAUACUGUAAAUAUAUUAGAAUAGUAUUUGUUAAGUACAGUUGAGGAAUCCAAUUAAGUUAUAUUAUUGUAUAUCGUUUAAAUGUCUAUAGAGUAUUUUAAAUUAUUGUGAACUACACUGCGUUAAAAAAAGAAGUUAUAUAUUAUAACACCAACCACUCUGAAAAGUGGACCAAAGUGACGCUUUCUUAAAAAUAAAAAAAAGAACCCCCCACCCCCCUAUUUCAUAUAGCUGUUUCAGCUGUUCUUCAUUGUAACAGUCCUACUAUUGGACUAGCUGUCUACAACAUAAUGUUUCAGAGCAUCAUAUAAAAACUUUGCCCAUGUGGGGGUGUGGCAUUCAGAGAGGUAGUAUAUGGCACAAAGCAGGGGCCGACCACAGAAAUGCAUGGACUUUGAACUAUGUCCCAAGAAAAAGCAGUUUGGGUCAGAAAACUCCAUUACCACUAUUGUAUGGAAACAAAAAACAAAAAACAAGACAUCCUUUUAACAAAGGUGUCUAUGAACAGAAACAGCUUAUAAACAACCGUAUUUAAAAAAAAAUAGUAGUUUGGUAUCAAAGAACUGUGACAAUAGAGGUUUGAAUCCUACCAGCAACACAGCAUGGUUUAACUGUACUUAGCCAUGACAAAGCUCAAAAUACUGUAUGUUAUGAAAGAAUAUAAGAGCAAAGAUCAAUUGUUUACUAUGUUAAUGUUUUAUGGCAAGCAGAAAACAAAGGAUGAAAUGUGUUUCUAUUAAAACUUAACUUUUCCCCUUACA